GUCGAUUGAUUUUGACAGUUAGUGCAUUAUUAUAUUGCUUACAAAAUUUUGCGAUUUCUUGUAGCAAAUAUUUUGUAUUUAAUAGGUGUUUGUCAGAAUAUUAGAAUAAACGAUAAAUGUUUCAUAAAGAAGCGGUCGUUCUUAUAUAAUCAAACACAAUAUUAAAGUGACACAAACAGGAGUUUGACAAAUAGACGAUCUACAAUACAAAACUAUGGACGCAAUCAUCUUAUAACUUGAUUUUAAACUUGUUAAAGUUGAAUUUAUAAGUCGUCUUCAUGUUGAUUCUAUGCCACAAUUAUUUUCGCGUUGCCCAAAAUAACAAGAAUGAUAAUGACGACAUCCAGCAUUUCAGUAAAAAGAAAUUUGUGUUCGGAUUGUUCAUCCUUUUAUUGGUUGAUGUAUUGUGGGUGGUGUCGUCCGAGCUGACAAAGUACAUCUAUGUAGAGGAAAAAAUAGAUAGGCCCUUCCUGGUGUCCUAUAUACGCAGCUCUUUGUUAUUUGUUUACCUUGUGGGAUUGUGUUUCUCGCCGCCCACCCGAGACCCCUGUAGACCUGCAGAUUACACACAAUUGUUAGAACCCAAUGCUGAGGCAGAUGAGGAUAACUUUUUUACUGAAUCAAACAACAGUUUGGGAGAUUCAACAUUUGUGCCUGUCCGUGCCGGAGAGACAACAGACAGUGAUGAUGCGACUCCUCGUGCAGUGCGCUUCAACAAAGUGGCUGAGGUACGGGUGAUGUCCGCGGCGAUGGCGGGCGAGGCGUUGCUGGCGCGGCUGUCCUGGGCGGCGUCGCUCCGCGCCAGCGAGUUCGCGCAGCGCCGCGCCGCCGCCGCCGCCACGCGCCGCCACCUGCGCAUGGCGCUCGUCUUCACCGUGCCGUGGUUCAUCUCCAACUACCUGUACCGGCUGAGCCUGCGCAGCGCGCGCACGGGGUCGGCGACGCUGCUGGCGUCGGCGGCGGGCGCGCUGGCGCUGGCGCUGGGCGCGCUGCUGCGGCCGCAGCCCGCCGACCGCUUCACGCUGUCCCGCCUGGCCGGCGUGCUGCUCACCGCGGCCGGACUGGUGGUGGUGGGAGUGUGGGAGCAGGCGGACUGGGCGGGCGUGCUGGCCGCGCUCGGCGCCGCGCUCACCUACGCGGUGCACCUGCUGCUGUUCCGGCUCGAGAUGCGGAAGGGAGACGGCAUCAACUCGCCGCUGCUAGUCGGUCUGGUGGGCUGCGCUUGUGGACUGGGCGGCUGGGCGCUGGGCGGCGCGCUGGCGGCGAGCGGCGCCGAGCGGCCGGCGCUGCCCGCCGCGCCCGCGCUGUCCUGGCUGCUGCUCGACGCGCUGCUCGGCCCGCUGCUGCUCGAGUCGCUGUGGCUCUGGGGCCGGUCGCUGACGUCGUCGCACGUGGCGACGAUGGCGCUGUCGCUGACGCUGCCGCUGGGCGCAGGCUGGGACGCGCUGUGGGCGGGCGGCGCGUGGCGGCCCGCCGCCGGGCUGCUGGCCGGCGCCGGCUGGCUGCUCGCCGCCGCUGAUCCCUCCGCCGACCCGGCCAGCGUCUGGCUCCGGUCGAGGCUAAGGACUGACGGCUUCGAGGUGAUAAGAAACAUCCCAGACCUGGACGAGCAGUCGGAGGCGCUGAUGUCCGCCGACGAGCCGACGUAGCGAGCCUCGCCAACGGUUUGUGUGGACACUUCUUGUUAUGCCUAGUCUGAGCAUCCGACACGCUGCUGUACACCUCACCUGCAUCGCUGGUAGCCUGGUACUUUUAUAACGCGAUUCAACUGGUAGCUUUUUCGACAAGGUUCAGAUAUCCUAGUGUUAGUCCUAAGUUAAUGAAACUUGCAAAUCAUUACAUUAAAAUAGUCGAUUAUUGUCUAAUAGGUAUGUAUGGCAAGAGUAAGUUGUCAUAUCACAAAAUAUCCAUAAAUUACAAAGCCAAUAACUUGUCUACAACUAGAGUUAUUAAUUCAUAAUUAUUUUAUACACUUCAUUUUAAUAAAAAUAUAAAGCGUAACAAUCACGCUUCAAGGGAAUUGUUUUGAAGUUGGCCACGCAGCUAGUAGUGUGUCCUCUGACUACCACUAUAAAUUGUACCACUAUUCACAACAAAGCAUUUAUACAUAGACUUAGACAUUUUAAAAUGCAUGUUACCCAUAGCUUAAACAUUCCAGAUAGUUGUUGUUAUUUAUUACUUUAGAUGUACCACUACAACUUUAAACAAUAGUGACCGAGUGAAAUCAUAUGUAUACUUAGUUGACUUAAGUAUAUUUAACGUAAGAUGGAUUUAUAGUGUCUACGGUAUUAUUAUUCAAUCUUUUUGUAUCACGUGUGUACUCUUAUGUUAGCACCAAUAUGUGUGCGUCAUUGCUUGAACUACUGAAUUGUAUUCUUGAUUUGGUUUUCGAUAAAUAUAAUGUAAAUAAUAUAUUUAUAGUUUGUGCACGUGACGUUAUGAAAUGUGAUACUAUAAUGGACUUAAGCUUAACUUCCUUCACGAGUGACAAUAUUCUCUUAUAUUAUCUCUGUGCCUUUAUUUGUAUUUAAUCUAGGCUGGUUUCUAGGGCAGCCGACAAGCAAGAAAUUAUUUAAUUUUAUCUGAGAUCUCAAUAAUCAUGUAAUUUAACACGCGACUUAAAUAACUUUUGAUUUGAUUGCUUUGGGUAGUAUACUGAUCAAAUUCCAGAUGAUGAGAUAAAAAUAUUAAUUCUUUAGUUUUGUAAGUUUUAUUAUGUUUGUUUAUUCCUUUCUUUGUUUUUAUCAAUAAAUAAAUAACCUUAAUUAGGUAUAUUUUUAUUGUUCAUAGUCCCCAGAGCCCAGUUUUCAGUUCUUUUAAAUAAAGAAACUGUUGGUUAUAACACAGCCAAAGCUGUGGUGUAUUUAAAUAUUUUAAAUUUAGGAAAUAUGAAUCGACUGACAACAGUUGUCAGUUUUAGUGACGAUAGUUACUAUCGUCACUAAAACCUUGUUAAACACUCAAAAAGUGAGCUGUAACACCGCACUUGUAGUUAGUCAUCACCUCUUAAGGUCAAUAAAAGUGAUCCCCAAUGCGCAAAUCCCAAGUCUCCAAAUGAAAUGAAGUACCGGCCUAUUCAUAUUUCCUAAAGUAGCUAGAAAUAAGGUUUACGUUGGGUCUUUUUUUAUUGUGCUACAUUUUGUAAAUGUUGUCUACUAAUUUUAUGACAUUUCGUCUCGCAAUAUUUUAAUGUGAUUUUAAUUACUUUAAUAUAAUUAACGAUUCAUUUGACGCUUUUAAACGAAACGCUUUUGUUGUUUUGUCGUUUUUUGUGUAAUUGAGUGAAUUUCAUAUAAUCUGUAGUUUGUAACCAAGCACAGGAAGGUUUGAGACACUUUGUUUACAUCUGUAAUUUUGUACAUUGAAGAAUCUUAUUCAUAAAAUACAUUGUAAUGUUAAUAAUUUGGAGAUUGUAAUGACCACCAUACGUCCAUAAAUACGCUAUAAGAGCACUAUCCUUACCGAGAAAAUAUGUUCCCGAUUUUUUUGGUUCAUUUUGUCACGUUUUUAAUACAGCCCACAUUCUAUGACCAAAACAAUUUGGACAAACAAAAAAAAAUGUAAUUCAGGGGAGACCUUUUUCCCGUAUUAGGAUCGAAAGAGCUUGUGAUUCUGAGUGAAUAGAACAAUUGCUAAAUCUAAAACUCAAGUUUUUUUUUUAUAAACCACAUACCUAUAUAAUGCUCACUCAACACGUUGACGCUGACAUGUUCGCCGAUCGUUUAACAAACUUGUGCAAAACUGCUAGACAAUUUUUAAAUUUUCAUACUGCAUGACAUUGCUGGUAACAUGUAUUGUAAUCUGUUUUGACAUUUAAUUUACUUUAUUUUUAUUGUUUUACCCUAUUUCUGAUUUUAAUUUCUUGUUUUCUUAGAGUGUACGUAAAAUUAUAAUUUUAAUUUGUAUGACAUUUUUAUGUGCAUGUUUUUAUAUUUUUGUAUGUUUUUAAUUGUUACUAUUUUGACAAUGUAUCUGUUUUUCUAGCGUGUAAGUGAUUUGGUCUAUAACUGUAAGCUUACAUUGUGUUCAAUAAAUAAAAUAAAAUACCCACAAAUAGGUACCAAGAAAAAAUUAUUGGUACCUAUUAUGGACCCAGAUUUUUUUGCUCGUGUUAUUUAGUAAUGCGUUAGGAAAGCAAAACUUGAUACAACAGCAAAUACGCGUCAGAACUUUGACACUCUAACUCUAUGUUUAAGAUUCUUCAAUUCAUCACGUAAUUUAUAAGUUAUAAGCUAUUUUAUUUUAGAUAAGAUUGUAUACAUGUGUAAAUAAUAGAUACAUCUACAAAAAUGUACUUAUAAAUCUAUAUCCACAUAAUCCAGAAUUCCUAUGAUUCCUCCUACAAUUGUACUUGUGAACCUAUUUCAUUAAACAACCUCGGUAAUUUGUAAUAUGUAAAACCAAACAAACCGAGUACAUAGUUCUUUUUACGGAUCGACUGUUAUUGGACCUGAGGGCCUACCGCGAACCACGUUUGACGUGUUGCCUCACUUGCCUCCCUGUCCCACUUAAGUACGAAUUUACAAGUAAGUGCGACGGAGAGGCAUCACGUCGAACGUGGUUCGCGGUAGGUAUGUAUGUACUUGGUAUCUGAUGCGCAAAAGUUCGUUAAUAGUACAUUACAAUAAGAAUUCUAACACAUAUUUCAGAUUUUAAUGUCCCGGUUUCUUAAUGAAUUUCAAGCCAAUUCUUACGUGUUAUUAUUAAAUUUAAGGCAAGUAAAUAAAUUAUUAUUAUAUCAUAAUUAAUGCCGCAUAACGUGUACUUGUGGAUUCUAUGAAUAAAGGAUUACUAGACGCAUAAGGUAGUGCAAAUUAUGGUAGCCGUUGGCUGAACUAUCCUAUAACGUACGACGUACAUACCGCGCCAUCUACUUUCGAUGUCAAACUAACAGACACAGCGGCGCAACAUAAUAACAUAUCUCGGAGUAAGUCACGCAAUAUGCCAGCAUUCAACCCCUUAACCGCUAAAGAAGACCACAGACGCCCACGGUUACGCUUUAAUUAUUAACCUUCGUGCAUUCCAAUAAGGUAUACGAUGGCGUGUUGUAUUGGUAAUAUUCAUGUAAUAUUGGUAUAAUAGUCGUGGCGUCCAAAGAAUUGAAGCUUAUUUUGUCCACGUUACGGCACGAUGGCAAGAGACUGUUCCUAUGAAAAGAGUAAAUGUAUGGGUAAUCCAAAUUCCUCGUAAAUAUUAUUACAUAGAUCCACUUUUCCUCAUGCUCUCAAGCACCAAUUUCUGUGUAAAACAAAAUACAUAAUCAUGGCAAGGACAGUAUUAAAUGGAUUAUAUGUGUUACAAGAGUUGUGGCAAUAUAUUUUAUUAUUCCUUGA